GCCAAGUCAAAUCCAGUCAAAUCGGAGCCCUGGAUCGAACAAACACCCAAACGCGGUUGUGGCACGAAGAGGUGCUUAGUGCCUUGCGAAUUGCUUGAGUAGAGUUUAAGCUGCAUAAUGUCGUCCCCACUUGAAGCGCUUGAAACGAAUUUAGAGAUGUUUAUCGAGAAUGUUCGGCAGCUAGGAAUAAUUGUUAGUGACUUUCAGCCACAAGGGCAAACCACGUUAAACCAAAAAAUAAAUCACAUCGUCACUUUGAUGCAAGAGGUGGACAGAUGUAAGCCACAAGUCCAGGACAUACAAGUGCCAUUGGAAGUGUUCGACUACAUUGACCAAGGAAGAAACCCGCAACUGUUUACAAAGGAUUGCAUGGAAAAGGCGCUGACCAAGAAUGAACAAGUCAAAGGCAAGAUAGAGUCCUAUCGCAGGUUCAAGGCCCUGUUGCUUCUGGAGCUGAGCAAGGUGUUCCCCACAGAAAUGGCCAAAUACAGGGCCAUCAGAGGUGAUGAGCGACCAGCCACAUAGAGGCCUCAUGUAAACUCUGUGAAGUGUAUAUACAUUUUAACCAAUUCACUGAGGAAGCAGUGUGUUGGCAUUGUACUAAAAAUAUAUUCCUUUACUUUAGUGACAGCAAAAUGUCUGCAGGACUUUAUCAUUGUGAUGUGUUGCAAACAAAUGUUGUGGACUGGAACUGCAGCUACCAAUAAACUGCUGGUGACAGCAUUUAUUAGUAUUUAAUAUGUUAUUGAGUUUCUGCUAUCCUUUAAGCUUAAAAGGUUUUAACACCUUAUAUAAAAUAAAACCAAGAUGCAGUUCUGUCUGAAGAUCCUUCACACGCUUUAUGCAAUGUUCCACCUUUCUGAAAGACAUGGCUGUACCAAAAGAAGCAAGUCUUGAUGCUUGUUUUUCUUUCAGCAAGGUCAAUAUGUGCAUGGAUUCCUUCCAGCAUUGAUCAUCCAACUAGUUCAGGCACAAGCCAUCCUUAGCAAGCUGAGGUAUAAAAUCAUGUGUGUUAUCAGUGUAAAAAUUAUAUGAGUACCUUUGGAGAGGUGGGGCUUGUCCUUGGUAUCUACACGGUUACUAACAAGGCUAAACAGCACAAAGAUGCAAAUAGAAAAAUACACAGGACAGUGCUAGACCUGUGUGUAUGUGUUUCUGCUUUCUCCACCUUGUCGCAGUAUUUAGCCUUGAGUAUGCAGUUCCAACUUGCCCAAACUAAGGUACUUCUUGGAGUUACUGAACCCUGCACUUCUAGCUGGCACAUGGUGUAUAUAUGUAAAUUCAUUCUGUAACAGCUGCAGUGGCCUAUGAAGGUCUAACCUUUGCAUGGAUUGUUAGAGCAUGCAUUUUCCAAGCAUUUUGCUUGAGCAUGCCUUAUCUCACAACAUUCAAAGGUUGUGCAGUGUAAAGGCAAAGUGCUACUUGCCUGCAAGGAAACAAGUAGUCAUUGGAGCAUAGCUGUUUGUAGAACAUGACAGUUCUUACACUUUACUAAUAAAUCUUGCUGGUUAUGACCACUGAAGGUCCAUUCUGUCAUUGUAAUGUUUUCCAGCUACUUGGUUCUGGUCCCCUAGUACUGCAAAAAAAUGGAUCAGAGGGGUUUUCCUCUAUACAGGGUCUGGUGGUGAUGUCAUAUGUAAGGGCAGCAAUAAGGCUAGAGCUUGUAAUGUCUAGCCUUAUUCAGUUCAAUAUCACAUUUUGCGAAUGAUGUUUUUGCCCAUUCAUGUCUCUGAAAAAGACCCAGUCAUCUAGCAUGCUUUUUGUUCCAGGCCUUAGAAGAAUGCUAAACCACAAUCACUAUUAUGAAACACAUUGUGCAAGUUCAGUGUUCUAACCACAUUUGAUAAACUAUGACAUAUCUGGCUAAAACUAAUGACCAUGGAAGAAAUAUAUGUAUGGUGUUCUGCUAUAUACUUUUGUUUUACUCACUGUAAGAUUUCCAGAUCUGGUAUAUCAAUUACAUUAUGGCCACUGUAUACACUUACGUCGAUCUUGUGACAGGUUUUCAGGCAUGCUUGCACAGAUUAUUAAGCUUUUAUGUUGAGAGGGAGCGUGAAGGAAAAAAAAGAAAGAAAACCCAUGAGCGUCUUAAUGAAAGCACGGAUAAAAUAUUAGACAAUAGCCUGUCAUGUCAUAUUAUAUGAUAGUUUAUAAAUGGUAACCUUGUCAUGACGUAUUAGGCAGAACUGCUGAGUAUGAGCUUGCGGGUUCAAUUUCCGGCCGUGUCAGCCGGGUUACGAUGGAUAUGAGAGAGUGAUUGUAGGGAGGAAGAGGUUCUCUUAUCUGCAGUCCUUUGGGGAGUACAUCUCGGCGGAUAAUGGAGGUGGAAUGCAAAGACGCUUGUGUGCCAUGAUAUAGGUGAAUGAUUAAGGACCCCAUGUGGUUGUAAUUAAUCUGGAGCACUCCACUAUGGCAUCUGUGAUAACCCACUGUGUACGUUCAGGACAUUAAACCUCACAAUAUAACUUAAAUAUUAGGCAGGAGUGCUGCUGUGUGUGCUGCCAUUUUCAUGCGUUUGUCCUUUGGCCUCGUGCCUUCGUGCAGCAGCAUUUCUGUAUAAGCCAUUAAGGGGGAAUGUGGGGUUAAAAUCACAAUUUUUGUCAAAAUACACAUUUUCUAAUUUUGUGUUUUGGAUUUCUAAGCAUAGAAAGAAGCUCCUUGCCAAGUUUAGUUAUCUGCGCGAUAGGAGAUAAUAAAAUGAGCUUUCUUAGCCGGCAGUUGCAUGUGUUUUGGCAUCUUUUGACAUCUUUGAAUAGAUUUUUUGGAGUUCACACUUUUGGGCCAAUGCACAAUUUUAGGAAAACUAUUGUUUCGAAACUGCACAAAUGAAAAAUUUGUAAGAUUGUUUCUAGGCUGAAAAUUUGUGAGGAACAAGACUAUACACAUAUUGAAUUUCUGAAUUGCCUCUAUAAAAGGAAAGUAUCAAUUUCUGUAUCACUAAAAAAGAAUAAUAAAAAAAUGAAAAAAAAACAACUUUAGUUUUGAAGUGGUGCGGUUUCUAGAGAAGGCAUAAAAUUAGGAGCAGCUGGUUCUAUCUUGUAAUAUAGAGCCUCCUGAAGAUAUUUAUUAAAACAUUUCUCAUCUGAGCUUAUCAUUUUAAAAAUAAAUUUCCUAAGGUGAUGCACUCAUUUGCUAAAUAGGGCAUGCAUAACCUUUCUUUUUUUGUAUUUGUGCUGGGGUAAUCAAAUUUACUAGGUGCCCUAAUGCCAAGAAGACAAAGCCUCGAGCCACAUUUAGUUAAAAUUGGCAUGUCGGUAGAAAAGUCUACUUUUCAGCCCUGCAUCCCCCUUCCAUGGAUGCUAGCACCCUUCAUUUUGGCUAGACUUGUACGUAACGAAUUACAUGCAAAUAAUUACUUGUCAUCAAUUACAUUUAUUGGUAACUUUGGAAUUUAACAAUUACUUUGUUUACUUGGUAAUGGUCACUGUAAUUGCAUUUUUCAGUAACCAAUUACAUGUAACCAGUUACUUUAUUGAUGAGACAAGCUGUAACAAGUGACACAGCUUUGAGAACCUGAAUUUGGCAAAAAAUGCAGUAGAACACCUGAGAUCGGGCCCUGCAGUAGCCUCGCGAAUGUGCAUGUCCAGGAAGGCAAACCCAGCGCUCAGGAUUUGUUACCUCAUCUUAACGCUCCACCGGAUGUUGGCCAAAGAACUGAACCAGUGUUGGUAUGUCUCAAUAGGGAAGGUCACUUAGAGCGCUAAUGCCAAAAAAUCAUGCGGCUGAGUUUUUCAGCUUUUCAUUGGCCCACCGAGGGCCUUCUUCCCGAAGUCCCAGCAACAAUGAAGUGCUGCGCUUCAUAGAGGACCCUGAUGCUGAAUAAGCACAGCCUUGUGCGCAAGAUCCGGAUACGCUAAACUAUGCCAUGCCUCCCAGUGUGCACAUCGAGCGAACUGCCUAACAUCCCUGUCUUCCUCUCGCAUUUUCCUCCUUGAGCAAGUUUUUAGUGCCGCUGCUUAUGUCUCCACAAUAAAAACAAAGGAUGAUGACUGACGAAAUAUUUUAAUGCAAUUGUUUGCGCAGGUAAGUUGCAUGAAGGGCUGGAGAAGACGCACUAAAAGUGCCAGGCCAUCUCGUUCUGUUUACUGUAUAUAUAUAUAAUCGUAAUAAAGGUUUGUAGGAAAGUAACAUGGAAGUAAUCGAUUACUAUUGAGUAAUUCCUCAGUUACUUUCGUGGGGCAGUAAUUGGUAACUGUAAAAACUAAUUACAUUUUUGGAUAAAUUGUAAUUGUAAUCAGUUAAUUUUUUUCUGUAAGGUGUACAAGUGAUUUUGACAGUGCCUCUGUGUUGCUAACAUGCUUUUUAUUGCAAUAGCAAUUAUAUGGACACUCCAGGGGAAUUUCUGCCAUUGCCAUGAUACAGUGAAACCUCGUUAAACCGUAGUUGGCCAGAGCUCGGGAAAAGUACGUACUGAACGGUAGUACUGCUUAACUGAAAUUGCAUGAGACCGACCACUUACCUGUCAAAAACAGAAGAGAGAGUGUGGUGAAAGGGGAAAAAACAUGCAGUAUUUAUUUACUUCGCGCAACAAAGGUGUUAUUUUCGUUUGAUGCCGUGGCGGCCUAGCAGCGACGACAGCGGCCUCAAACUUGCUGAAGCUGCAAGCCAGCUUUUCAGCCAGCCCCCUCUUUUUGGCAAACACUUGCAUUGCAGAUUCCUCGUUAAUGUUGCAUAUUCUCCGUGCGUGGGCGCGGUAGCGUUGCAGAAGUCACGGGGCACCUUUUCAUUGCGGGGUGCUGUUCUCGUCGCGACGAUUGCAUUCGUGAGGCUGACGUAACGCGCAGCUUCUGCCACUGUCGGGCCUGAAUCGUCCGUGCUGUCGGUUGCCGUGUCAUCCUUAUCACUCUCGCUGGGCGACACUUCAGCAACAACAAAGGCAACAAUGGCGAAAAGUCAAACCUCGCAGCCGACAUCUCUUCAUGGUCACAGCAGCGCUGCUGAGCAAUUUCUUCACAUUCCAUAUGCCACACACCGUAGUCAACAGUAGACCCAUGUUGCGUGCUAGCGCCGACUUCUUCGUGUCACCUUCGACAGCACGAACAAUGUUUAAUUUUUCUUCUAUGCUGAGCAUCCGGCGUCUUUUUUAUCUGAGCUUUGGCAUGACGCGAGUCCUCGCUUACACGACGCCACAACGCUCUCUGGGACGGCGCCGAAAUGAUGAUGUGACUUCAUCCGCAAACGCACAGGGCGCUUGGAGGCUUGUUCUGCCGGGCCACCCGAUGGGGACAAAGCACCGCUGUGUUUGCGCGACGAAAAGUGGAAACACUAGGUGUUAACCGAUACGUACGCAAUAAGCUGCUACGGUUUAUGCGGAUACAAAACACAUUAUGUUCAAUGGCCACUGAGUCGGGGAUUUGACUUUACUACUUUUAAAACGAAACUACUGUUUACGCGAGUACGGUUUAACGAGGUUUUACUGUAUUCCAUAUAAAGUCAAAGUGCGACGAAAUCACAGCUGUGUGUCGUAUGCUGCAGGUGUGAGCCAAAGCUUGCAAGGGAGGAAGGUGGGGAGGGCGUGCGCCAUCAUGUGCACAAAGGGGGGAGCGGGGAGUUGUGCGCAUGAUAGGAGGGGGGGAGGGAGCAGGUUAAGGUGCAUCUCCUCAUCUACUCCAGCUACGGCGGGUGAGCACGGCUGCGUGCGUCCUCUUUUGGAGGCAAUUUGCACUGGGUUCGAAGGCUAGACAACCAGAGAUAGCUGAUGGCUUUGUGUGUGCUGUGUUCUCACACACCUAGCUCUCGUUGAAGCGACAGACAGCGUGAAGGGAUAUUCGCUCGCCACUGCUGGCGCUCUUCAUCACGCCAGUGUUCUUUCAGCGAGUAUCCGCGGUCAUCAAGCGAGAUGUAUUCGUGUAUGCCUGUUACUUUGUUGUUAAGUUAGUUAGUAAGCGAAUGUUUACAGCAGUUUAUGUAGCUGGUAAAAUGGCUAACCUUACAUUGUAUAGCUGUCAAAUAAUUUGUUAUCGCAAUCAUUGCUUUGCCUGUUGGUUAAGACUAACUUUUAUCAUCAUUGUCAUUUUGUUUUGAUGCAACUUCUUUGAAUGUUGCACUGCACCAACUACAGUGGAUACGGUGGCAACAGUGAAGCAUAUGUGAUGCUUUGCUGCUGCUGCUUUGUGUUCUCUGCAAAUGAUCUUGACAUAGAUAAUUCACUGGCAGCAGCUGUUCACUGCUCUGUAGUUUGGUUGGCGUGACCUAUCUGAGCAGCCUCAGCUUGUUCACCUGCAUGCCGCUGCCACUCUCGUGCUGAUUAUCCAAGAAGCCUGUUGCUCUGUGUAGCUACAGAUGGUCGAAUUUUCACUUUGCUUCCUGAUAAGAAGCUGUCUAUGCGCUCCUGGUUCUUAUGAAUGCUAUGCAUGGUACUCUCACGGCAGUUUCUGAUUGAGUGGUUAUAACUUUCAGCUCUCAUAACUGUCUCACACAGUACCAUGGCAUCACUGGUGAGGUAGUGUGUACUAGCAUAUUUGUGUUACAAGCAUUCCUGACUGAGAUUUUUAAGAAAAUUCCCAUAGCCACACAUAUAAACUCAUUUCCUGUUGCAUGGGCUUUAGCAAACCAUGGGGGGGUCACGUAGUAUGUAACAUCACACUUUAGUCAUUCAAGGUUUUCAUGUCUGGGGCAUGUUUACAAAAUGAUGCAUGAUAAGAAUUGGGUCUGAGUUAGUUGCACUAUGUGAGUUAGCAGAAAACAAGCAUGGGCUCAUCACACGCAAAGGAAAAGAUAACAUUGCUGUCCAAAACUUGCAUUGUGUGUGGCUGGACAACAUUCCCACCACAUUCAUUGUUGCUAUUGUCAAUUAACUGUGUAGGAACCAUGCAGAGAUUCUGUAGAGGUGACUUUCUCAACCUUGGAAAUGAACAUAGUUGAGAAAGCCACUAUUAUAUGUCAUUCAGAGCAUUUGAAAGCUACUGUUUUGGAAAAUUCAACGUAAAAGGUCGGAUGUGGUUCCAGGAACAGUUGUGAAUAAUUUUAAGGGCUUUAGGAAGGUUUAAAGGGGGCACUGCUGCACCCCUGUCCACCCUUUCCUGCAAGUAAGUCCAUGAUAUGCUCCGUUUUUACAGUGUGAGCUUAUAAGAGCUUGCCCACACUUCACCUCAUCCAUCUUCCGGGUGUACCAUUUCUAUUAUAUGGCAUGCACCACAUUUUGUGGCAGUGUCAUUUAAGAGCUCACCUACAGUUUUUUGCAUAAUUCAUCCGUUAAGUCUGCCAUGUCUUGUGUAUGUGCAGGUGAUUUUCAAACACCACAAGGCAGAUGAAAAAAAAAAAUGUAUCAAGGUGAAUCUUGGCAGAGACUUAAUAGAUCUUUUGUGGAUACUUGAGAGCUCUAAAGAGUGUGUGGUAAAAUCCCAAAGUUCAAAGUUGCCAACUUCAGUAAACUUCGGCAGAGUGGGCAAGUGCCACAGCAUUAUGUAAAAUUUUGCAGACUUGAGUACAUCUGUAAUGACUCGGCGUCAGUGUAAGAUUUCAUUUGAAAACCCUUGUGGGCUUUCAGUAAUUCGCUUUUGACUAUGCUGUUUUUGAUGUAUGCCUACGAAAGUUUGCUUAGGUCUGCUAACAGUAUUUCUGCCAUCAUGAUACAUGCAUGCAAUCAUUGAAUGCAAAAGUCACCAUUGGUAGGUUUGUUUUAACACACUAGUCAAACAUGUUCAGGUGCUGAUUCACAAAAAAGGAUAAGGUAAGGUUGCUCCUGUCUGGCCAACUAUCGAGAGUGCCACAAUUGCUGCACUAGGGCUGAAUAAACACUUAGAAAAACCUGUCUUUUGGCUGCUCAAUUCAUACUUAAAACAUUUCCAGUGUUGAAAACAUGAAAAUGUUUGCAAUGAUGAUGAAAGAGAAAUGGGAAAACAAAGAAAUGGCUUAGUUUGAGAGAUCUUUUGCAGAGACCCUUUAAGAGCUCUGCCAGUGGCUGCUGCAGGAACAUGUGGGGCACAGUUCUUGAAGUGAAGAUGAAGUAGCGAUCACUAAACAAGCCAAGAAGAAAAAGAAAGGUUUUGGAGUUCAUAUGGGAGUCUGUAUGGACUCUGAAGUGGUUUUCUUCAUCUUUGACUUAGUCAGAAACUGCAACGUCUACUUUACUGUCUGUUACUGGAAGUUGUGAAGGGUUUUGCAAAACUUCGUCUGGUCAGGUAAUGCAUAGUGAAGACAAAGUUGUGGUUAGUGACCAGACAACAUUUCAUUGGACCCUUGACUACUGCUUGGAAUUUUGAAUCUCGGUGGUGUUCAGAAACACUGGAGGUCGUAUUUGCAAUUACAUGGUGACGUGACAAAAAAUAUACAGUAAACCCUUGUUAUAACAUAGUCACUUGAUCCAAACUAUCACCUUAUUAGAAGUUUUUCAGGGUUACUUGCAGUGCAUGCAUUUUAAAUCUGAUUAUUCUAUGUGCAAUGAUGUCGGCAUCGCUUAGUUAAAGAGCAAAGCAAGAAAUAACCACACAGUGCAGCAUUCACGGGCACACCUUGCAUUCUUCUGUAACAACCUGGAGAGGCAAAGAACGCUACGAAGGUCACUCUGCCACAUGGCAGCAGCUUGAUUGGCCUAACUGUAUUGCGUGAUGACAGAGGAGACAGCUGCUCAAAGGCUUCAGCAGGAUUUCUCCACUGUCAUGUCCCUGUUAUUGAGCACAAGUAUGCUUCAGUAUAUGUUUUACAAGCUCCUGCACCGUUGUAGUGCACAGCCCACUCUACUAUGGCUCUUUUAGAGCCUCUCCACUUUUUACGAAAUACCGCUUAAAACGAGUACUAUUCCUGUCCUGAUGAACUUGUUAUAAUGAGGGCAUACUGUAUGUUGUAUAUUGGCUUAUAACAAACAACAUGAGUUAUAACACACAUUUGUCAAUCUCAAAAUUGGAUAUUUGCCUAUAAGAAGCUUUGUAAAAUUGGUUAAAGCUGAACAACAUCCGUUUCGUACACUUCUAGUCUUAGAUUAUUUGAUCACAAUGUGAUGCAAUACUCCAUUAAUGCAUUGACAAUGACAAAAAUAAGCAGAUGCUCCAUGUUCUGGCGUGAGCUUAGUUGCCUCCUCCUGUUAGACAAUGAAGCAAAUGUAUGUCUAUUUUGUCACUUUGAAUACACAGACGGUGCAUACUACGUUACAGCUCCAUUGUGCCUGUUUUGCAUCAAGAUAAAAAAAAAAAUGAACUGCUGUUACUCAUUUGUUUGAAAGUGUGAGUAUAUUGACAGGGUGCCUAAAUAAAUGACAGCCAUGAAAUUCAAGGCAUAAAUACCUAAAGGGCUUUCCAUUUCGGAAGGUUGCACUAUUACUGGUCUUCUAGACAUAGAAAUGCUGCCUUUAUCACACUAGGAAUAGCCCAUCAAAAGGCCCUGCACUAGUUCCAGUAGGAAAUUUUGGUUAUAUACUAGAUGUGAAGCGCUGUCCAGGAAGCAUCAUACCCAAGGGGUUCAAUAGUAGCUGUGAUAGAAGUUUAAGGACUUGUGAAACAAUGGUGCGAGAAGGUGCGCUACCCUCUCUGCUGCAGAAGCACUCUCCUGUUGCCUUGAACAUCACCCACAAGCAACAUCCCACUGCUGUCUUCUCUCAUGUCAGAGCCAAGGGCCCACCUGUUUUGGGGGCUAGGGUUGCCCCCAUGAUCCCAGCCUCCUUUAUUUCUUUUUGCCUCCCUUGCUAUGUGAUGUUUUCCAGAGAUGUUUUUGCAUGACUCGGUGUUCCAUGGGAAUCUCUGUGUUCAUGCUACUGCUGGCUAUUUGUACUCUGCAGGUAGCGCACACGUGAGGUGGAAGCACCAAACAUAUGAUGUCAUCUUGCAGGCGUGCUAAGUGGCUUAUUCAAGAAGGGUGCUUAGACAUUUACUUAAAUUUUUUCAGGUGUUUUUGCAGGGUAAAUUGGUGUAAUCUGCAGGCAUGAUUGUCAUUGUGUUAUCUAUGCAGUGCAUUUAUUGCUAUGCAAUGCCUAAAUCUAGUGAGGCACCCUACUACCCAAUAUGAGUAAUAAAGUAAAUUUACCAACUGG